AUGCGUGGCCUGGCGCAGGCUCUCCUGCUGGCGCCGGCCCUGGUGGGAGCCGCUCCCUCCAGGAUCGACAUGACAAAGGCCCAAGACGCCUCGCCUUCGACCUUUGUCACGUUCAACAUCCCCCCGGGCUUCAACGAGGACAAGCCCAAGCCCUACACCCUCCGUCUCGAAGUCCUCGAGGCCCCCUCCCCCUGCGCCUACCCAAACGUCAAGGUCAAUGACAACCCCCUCUCCCUGGGUGGCCACACCCUCGGCCGCGGCAACUUUGCCGGCGACCACGACGGCACCGCCUUCAUCGCCACCUGGUCCACCACCUGCGCCGGCGACGAGCAGCUCCUCCGUUUCACCCUCGAGUCCCUCGCCGGCCGCACCCUCGCCUCCGACCUCGCCUUCGUCGCCCGCUUCCGCCAGACCGCCCCGGCCGCCAUCCUCGAGAUCGCCGGCAACGUCCAGGUCUCGGAGCAGCGCCCCGCGGUCCCCUCCAAGGACUUGCCCCAGUUCGACCGCCACGACCCGCGGCCCGGCGACGACGAGGACGGCCUGCUCGAGGACCCACCCUUCCCGCCGCCGCCUCACCACCACGUCGGCAACCACCCGGACAACCACCCCGGCGAGCACCACGGCGAGCACCACCACGAGGAGCACCGCCCUCACAAGCCUGGCCGUCCCGCGUCCCCCGAGGAGGAUGAGCACGUCCUCGCCGAGCUGCGCGAGCUCGACUGCCUCCGCCACCAGCUCCACGCCCUCAAGCACGCCAUCCACAUGAAGGAGUCCCGCCUCGCCCAGGACCACGGCGUCUUUGUGUCCCACCGCGGCCACCGCGCCUUCAAGGAGUGCGACUCGGUCAAGUGCGUCAUCGAGACCUUUAUGCACCGCGUCGCCGGCGGCUUCCGCGGCAAGGGUAGGGGUCACCAUGGCGGCCCGGGACGCGACCACCACGGUCCCCCGCCCUCGUGCCCCGGCUUCCCGUUCCCCGAGCACGGACACCACGGAAAGGGAAACCACACUCUCCCGCCUCCGCCUCCCCCUCCGGGAUUCUGCCACUGCGCGCCGCCUCCCCCUGAGGGGCCUCCGGACGGACCUCCCGAAGGACCCCCUGAGCCGCCCAAGAACCCUCCUCACCACGGCCACCACGAGGGACCUCCUCCCCCGCCGUUCCACGAGCCUCACCGUGGACCUCCUGGACACCACGGCCCGCCCCUCCUCCCUUUGACGAGCCGGAUCACGGGCCCUCCUCACCCUCCCCCGCCUCCCCCCUUCGACGAGCCCUUCCACGGUCCUCCUCACCACCCCGAGGGGCCUCACCACGGCGGCCCUCCCGGCUUCCCUCCCGAGGGACCCCCUCCCGACUUUGAGGCCGAGCAUCCUCUGGACGUCGACGGCUCGGAACACCGCCCUCACCCUCACGGCCCCCCUGGCCAUGGCAUUCCUCCCCCUCACCCCCCUCCUCCAGGCUUCCACGGCCACCACGGCCCCCACGGCCGCGGCCUCCCCCUCCCCGUAAAGAUCACCCUCGCGACCCUCCUCCUCGUCGGCGUCGUCGCCCUCGUGCACGCCGUCAUCUCCCGCUUCUCCUCGCGCCGCGAGGCCCGCCGCGAGCGCAAGCACUCCCGCCGCACCCGCCACCGCCGUGACCACCGCGAGGUCCGCAAGGAGGCCUUCAAGGCGUCCCUGGCCGACGUGUGGUCGCGCAUGUUCGCCGACCGCAUCCCCGCGGACGCCGAGGACGAGGAGAAGCGCGCCUUCCUGUCCGGCGCCGCCGCCCGGCCCCGUCCCUCGACCUCGUCCGACGAGGGCGACUUCGAGACCAUGGAGAGCAUGAGCUCCGAGAUCACCCAGUUCCGCAACGCCGCGACGCUGGUGACGGAGAUGGUCGCCGCCGAGGAGCGCAGGCAGAGGAUGCGCGAGCAAGAGCAGCAGCAGCGUCUCCAGAUGCCCAUGCGCCACGCCCACCCCCGCGGCCCCGCGGUCGCGACCCCGCCCAGCCCGACGGCCGCCUUCGCCGAGUACAUGGGCGACGACGUGCUCCCCGCGUACGACGAGCACGCCCCCUCGGUGGUGGUCUCGGACGGCUUCAGCAGCUACUCGCCCGGCUCGACCGAGUACGUCCCCGGCGCGUCGUCGGACACGGCGUCCAACAUUGACAGCGUCCUGGGAGACUCCAAGAACUGA